CUGCAAUUUUAAACCCGCAAAUCGAGGACGCCACGUCAGGUAUGCGCAUCGCACAAGGAUGUUUCAUGGAUAGCUUGGACCUUUGAGAACACCCGAAUCCCAGCAUUUUGACUCGGCCUGUGUUCUAAUGUUCGUGGACUUGAACAUGUAAAACAGGUCCCAUGCCCAAUUGAAGACCAGCUGGUUUUUCGCUUUUGUUAUCUCUAACGUUCAGAUUCACAAUUUGAAAGUUUCGAAAUAGACAAGAUGAGACGGAAGCUCAAUACCUUGCUCAGUUGCGUAGCGUUGAUUAAGGUGGCAAGUUGCUCCUGCACACCGUCUUUUCUGCAGGCCUCGUUGCCCACUGGCGCAAGUGUGAACUUUGCAUACUCCCUCCAAGCGAAUUCGACGUUCGAAGUACCAGCAGGCGACUUGGGCUAUCCAACGAACCCCGUCAACCUCCCAGCGUUAUGCGCCGUAUCAGUCCAGGUUAAGAGCGUUGGCAACACAACGUUCGGACUCGGCUUGUUUCUGCCCGAGGCGUGGAAUGGCAGGUUCCUGGCUGUUGGACAGGGAGGUUAUUCUGGAGGUGUCAAUUGGGCAGAUAUGGCUGUCGGUGUACGAUAUGGUUUUGCCGUAAUCUCGACAGACACCGGACACAACUCAACCAAUAGCGAUGGUUCGUGGGCAUACCAACAGCCUGAUGUUGUCGAGAACUGGGGUCAUCUAGCGCUCCACGGGUCCGUUGUGAUUGGGAAAAACGUCACUGCCGCAUACUACCAAGAAAACGUGUCUUACAGCUACUAUUCCGGUUGCUCGACCGGCGGCCGCCAGGGCCUAAAGGAGGCAGAAUUGUACCCAGAAGACUUCGACGGCAUCGUCGCUGGUGCACCCGCGUGGUGGACAUCACAUCUCCAGCCGGGGACCGUGAGAAUCGCUUUGAACAACCUGCCCACGACGGCCGAUUAUCACAUCUCGAGCGCACAGUUCUCAGUUAUCAAUGCGGAAGUGCUCAAACAAUGCGAUCCUCAAGAUGGUCUGGUCGAUAGCAUCAUCUCCGACCCGCAGGGCUGUAACUUCCGCCCCGACGCCCUUCUCUGUGGUGCAAACGCCACUGCAAAUGCCACAAACUGCUUGACGGGCCCGCAACUCGACACUAUACACAAUAUCUGGAGCGACUACGUUGGAGAGAACAAUACCAUGAUCCUCCCGGGAUUCUGGCCUGGAAGCGAAGGCACACCAGCUCUCAUCAGCGUGAGCGCGCCAAACAAACUCGGCACAGACUACGUCAAGUAUUUUCUUGGUAAAGGGCCACAAUGGAACUACACAGAAUACAACGACUCCAUCAUCAAACUAUCUGACGAGAUCAACCCCGGAAACGCAACAGUCGGAUUUGAUCUCUCUGCCUACGAAGCCAAGGGCGGAAAGCUCCUCUCCUAUCACGGCGCAGUCGACCCGCUCAUUCCCACUGGUAGCACUCCUUAUUACUACGAUCACGUCCUUCGCACGCUGCAACCACGCGGUGUGGAUGUCGACUCGUUUUUCAAGUACUUCAUCGUGCCGGGCAUGGGGCAUUGCAUGAACACAACGGCAGCGUUCAACGCGCCGUGGUACUUCGGGGGGCCAAACCAAGCGGGUGUCUUAGGAAAAACUGUGCAUAGUGUUCCUGGUUUUGAGGAUAAGACGCAUGAUGUGCUACUUGCCAUGAUGGCGUGGGUGGAGAAUGGGACGGUGCCGGAGUACAUUGUGGGCACGAAGUACGUCAACGAGACGACGCAUGACAAGGUCAUGCGACAGAGGCCGCUGUGUGUGUACCCCAAGAUGGCCAAGUGGACUGGAGAAGGAGAUGUGAAUAGUGCAGAGACUUGGUCGUGUGAGAGUUUGUACUAGGUCUUCGUCUAUAACGCAUGUAGUCGAGAUUUGUAUAAAAGGCCUCCAAGGCUAUAUGAAUAUCUCUUGAUUUCCUUCAUCUUACACUCGAUCUAGCUCUCCAGCAAAAUAGGCACCUGCUCCAUCAAAUGCUCCACAAUCGCAUCUGGACCCUUCUCAACCUGCAGACCCUGGGGUAUAGCAUGCAGUUUGAUACCCGGAACUUCUUUCUUCGCAAUAGCAUGAAUCUCGGCCGCUUGUUCAGGAGACCACAUUGAUGCCGAGAACUGUUCUGCGUCAACACAAGUCGCAGGAGCACACAGACGCAAAACAUCAAGGGCAUGGAGGACAAGGGGAUAGAAUGGCAGACGGAAUGUCCUGAAGAAGAUGUGGAAGGCUUUUGGAGACGUACCAGAACAUUGGGCUGGUGUUUUCGCACAGUCGGCUCUACCUCCUCGAUCGAAGAGCAGUUCGCCACAUGUUCAAUCUCAUAUC